CUCACAUACAUUUGUACUUUAAAUAUUUUUGAAUUACUUUCAUUUUAGUACUUAGUAAGUAGUUAGGAACUUUACCUACUUAGUUCCGAUUUUCACAUUGAGACACCGGGUAUGCGCAAUGCACCCGUUCUACUGCUUCGCCACAUAGCUGCAACCUUGGAGCUUUACACAAUUUUCAUACAAUACCAACAAGACGGGCUAAUAGUAUAAAAACUUGUCAGUCGCAAAUACAGGCAUCAGUCAACUGCUUGGAUCACAUCGGAGCACAGGAAACAUGAGGUCUUUACUGGUGUGCUGCUUAGCCUUAACGGCGCUAGCGUACGUUAGCUGCAGGAGUGCCCGGGAGAAACGUGAUGCGGACUCGGCAGUAGCGGCUAGCCACCACGGUGGUAAAUGGGAUAAGGGUGGCGGUCACGAGCACCACGCUCAUCAUCACCACGACCAUGGUGAGAAAGGACACAAGGGUUACAAAGGACAUCACCACCACGAACAUGGCAAGAAAGGACACCACCAUCAUGAAGGCCAUAAGGGACACCACGACGAACAUGGUGGUCACAAGAAACAUCAUCAUCACGAUGAUGGCCACCACCAUGAACACCAUCACGGUGAGAAGGGUCACAAGGGACAUGGUCAUCACGAGGAGGGACACUACCACAAGGGUCACUCUACUAAAGGUCAUCAUGGAGUGCAUAAACAUGAUGAGUUCAAGAAAGAAAAGCAUUUCCACGAUCACCAUCACGACGGCGGCCACCACGAGCACCACGGAGGACAUCACGAGGAACACGGCCACAAGAAGGGAGGCGGCUUCCACAAGGGACACAAACACCACGGUCACCACGAACAUGAGCACGGCAAGAAGGGUCACCACGAGAAGGGAGGACAUCAUCACGACCAUAAGGGACACCACGAGGAAGAUGGCCACCAUGAGCAUCAUCAUCAUCAUCAUGAUCAUGGCAAGAAGGGCGGUCACGAGCAUCACAAGAAGUGGGGCCACAAGAAGGGACACUAGUAAUUGUAUUCCUAAGACUGUUUCCUACCGAUACGAGUUAAUGAAGUCCUUAUUUAGUUUUACCUAAUUAAGCUCUCAUAAUGUAUUAAGUUUUGUUGACUGUGAUUAUUUGUUGUUAUUAAAUGUUAUAAAAAAUA